UGAAUGUUUAUCUACUCGACUACGAAAUCUCAGUAGGCCUCACUAAACAUUUCCAGCCUAUAACACUUGGCUUAAGGCCAACGAAAUUUUCCUAAACAUAUGUUUAUGUUUUUUAUAAAAACAUUUUAAACCUACAUAAGUUGCAAAUUAUGCUUAAGGGUCGGUAUCUGCACAAGAUGCCUGUGUCGGAGCAACAGCCUCGGAUUGUUAAGAUAGAGCGACCAGUGCCAGGAAAACGAGCCAGCAAUUUGAAAAUGUCGAGCGUUCAGCCCCAGUCGUUAAUGGCCAAGAAGAAAGCAAAUGUAACCGAAGAUCUGGGUACUCGGUUAGCGGCUCUUCAGAGACGGGUCAAAGAGUGGCAGUCCUCGGGCGGUGUCUGACAUAAAUAUAAACUAAAUUAAAUGUAAAUAAAAUUUUGAAUAUU